AUGUUAGAUAUUAACGCCUUUAUUGUUGAAAAAGGAGGUAAUCCUGAUCUUAUUAAAGCUUCUCAAAAGAAAAGAGGUGAUUCCGUUGAAUUGGUUGACGAAAUUAUCUCUGAUUACAAAGAAUGGGUUAAAAUUAGAUUUGAUUUAGAUGAACACAACAAGAAAUUAAAUACCAUCCAAAAGGAAAUCGGUAAGAAAUUCAAAGCUAAAGAAGAUGCUUCUGAAUUGGUUGCUGAAAAGGAAAAAAUUGCUGCUGAAAAGAAGGAAUUAAUUGAAAAAGAAGCCGAAGCUGAUAAGCAAGUACGUUUCAAAGUUAACCAAGUUGGUAACAUUGUUCACGAAUCUGUUGUUGAUUCUCAAGAUGAAGAAAACAACGAAUUGGUUAGAACUUGGACUCCAAAAGAUUACAAAAAAAUUGAACAAGUUGCUGCUGGUACUAAUGCCCCAGCCAAAUUAUCUCAUCACGAAGUUUUAUUAAGAUUAGAUGGUUACGAUCCAGAUAGAGGUGUAAGAAUUGUUGGUCACCGUGGUUAUUUCUUGAGAAACUAUGGUGUUUUCUUGAACCAAGCCUUGAUUAACUACGGUUUGUCAUUCUUAGCCAAGAAAGAUUACGUUCCAUUGCAAGCUCCAGUUAUGAUGAACAAAGAUGUCAUGGCCAAGACUGCUCAAUUGUCCCAAUUUGAUGAAGAAUUGUAUAAAGUCAUUGAUGGUGAAGACGAAAAAUACUUGAUUGCUACUUCUGAACAACCAAUCAGUGCUUACCAUGCUGGUGAAUGGUUUGAAUCCCCUCAAGAACAAUUGCCAGUUAGAUACGCUGGUUACUCAUCUUGUUUCAGAAGAGAAGCUGGUUCUCACGGUAAGGAUGCUUGGGGUAUUUUCAGAGUCCAUGCUUUUGAAAAGAUUGAACAAUUUGUUUUAACUGAACCAGAAAAAUCUUGGGAAGAAUUCGACAGAAUGAUUGGAUGUUCAGAAGAAUUCUACCAAUCUUUGGGAUUACCAUACAGAGUUGUUGGUAUCGUUUCUGGUGAAUUGAACAAUGCUGCCGCUAAGAAAUACGAUUUGGAAGCUUGGUUCCCAUUCCAACAAGAAUACAAAGAAUUGGUUUCUUGUUCAAACUGUACUGAUUACCAAUCCAGAAACUUGGAAAUUAGAUGUGGUAUCAAACAACAAAACCAACAAGAAAAGAAAUACGUCCACUGUUUGAACUCCACUUUGAGUGCUACUGAAAGAACCAUUUGUUGUAUUUUGGAAAACUACCAAAAGGAAGAUGGUUUAGUUGUUCCAGAAGUUUUGAGAAAAUACAUUCCUGGUGAACCAGAAUUCAUUCCAUUUGUCAAGGAAUUGCCAAAGAACACCACUUCUGCAAAGAAAAGCAAGGCUAAAAACUAG